ACUCUGCCAAUAACGCUCGCCGUCCCGCAGCCGGAAACUCUCCCAUUUCCCGGCGCCCGCCAUGAGCUUCCAAGACAUCGAAUCAGGGCUUGACCCACGCUCUUCAGCAACCGUCUCGAGUGAAGAAGGCGCCUUCAUCACCCUCCAGUCCUCCCUGUCGCUCCAAGUCUUCAAGAUCAACUCCAAUGUGCAGGCUAUUCGGGGCCGUGUCGACCAGCUGGGGACGCCCAAAGACUCGGCUGCCCUGCGAAAGAGCCUACACGACCUCACCGAGACCACGCGCGACCUUGCGAAACGCGGCGGGGAGGACCUCAAGAAGCUAGCUGCAAUGCAGGCCGCGCUUCCCUCGAAGAAGACCGCGCUGCAGAAGAUCUCGAACGACCUGGAAGCCGCGUUGGUCGAGUUCCAGCGUGCGCAGCAUGUCAGCGUCGAGCGGCAGAGGUCUGUCGUGCAGGGGGUGAGGUUGGCCGUGGAUGAUCAUGACGCCCCUCCGCCCGAAUACGAAGAAGACUCCCAAGUGCAACGGCAAGCGCAGGUUCUGCAGCAACAGCUCUCGCCGCAUGAACUUGCGUAUCAAGAGUCAUUGAUCCAAGAACGGGAGCAGGAAAUACGGGAGAUCGAGACGGGGAUCCACGAGCUCGCAGAGAUCUUCCAUGACCUGGGGACACUAGUCCAGCAGCAAGGCGGCAUGCUCGACAACAUCGAGUCGAACAUCUCGUCAGUCGCCGCAGACACGUCCAGCGGCGCGGAGGAACUACGGACGGCUUCUGACUACCAGCGCAAGGCCGGCCGACGCGCUGCGUGCUUAAUGGUCAUUCUCGUCAUCGUCACCGCCAUCGUGUUGCUAGCCAUUCUUUCAUAGACACCGACCGACACAUUCACUCGAUCUGACUGCCAGCAUUUAUACCAUUCACAUCGGUACUAACCUAAUGCAUAACUUAUCGUAUGCUAUUCAAGUAGCUAGCUUAGACUCCGCAUCUUUCGAUAUACAUGUCGGGCUAACAUUGA